UAUGAAUAAUAGAAGAGGGUGUGGUAUCAUGGAGCUGGAAGGACUUUCACUUACUAAAGGAUGUUUAGCUGUUGCACCAAAGAAGGUUCAGCAAUCAUCAAUCAGUUUCACUAAGCAUCCAAGCGAGACUGAGAAAGAGGCUCAGAGACGAUGCCAGAAAUACCAAAAGUGUUUGACGCAAAUCGAAGGAAAGAUAGAUGACCUUAUGAAAGAGUUUGAAGAUGGCUACCACAAUGAUAUUAAAGAUUACGUUAGCUCAGUGAGACAAGACUUGACCUUACCAAGAAUACCAGCAUGUGUCUUCAAUGGAGGUUUUGAUGUGUCUGUUAAUCUGUUUGAUAAACUGAAGGAGUCUCUAUCUUCAAUAACUUCUAUCAUUGUCAACGUACAAGUAUAUUCAAGUAUGAAGGCAUUAAUGAAAGAUAUAUUUCAGCAGCUAUUAUCACUUGAGGAGGAGGCUUAUACUGGUUCUAUUCCAGACUGCUCCAUCAGCACAAUAUGUGACUGGUACAGGUCUUACACCAUCAGUGAUGAUGCUGGUCAGUCUCCUCCUCCAGUUGUGUUAGUGAUUGAAUGUAUUGAGUCAGUUCCUGUCCCUCUAUUGACUGAGCUCCUACUGAUACUUCACUCAAGACUGCAAGAGUUUCCAGUGAUCCUGCUGCUAGGGGUGAGGGCAGUUCAUAAUGGAUUUGGAUUGAACUUCACUCCUUCAAUCCUCUCAGUCUUAAAGUGGGACAUGAUCAUUAAAGACCCUCUUCAGUCAAUCAUACCAAAGACACUGGAAAUGUUAUGUUUUGAUUCUAGUCUUCCAUUUCAUUUCACUCCUUCUUUCACUCACUCUCUUCUUGGUGGUUUUGAAGGUCAGCUCCUUCCAAUUGCCAAUCUGAAGAAGUCGAUACAAUAUCAUUUACUGGAACACUUUUAUUGGCAGCCUCUGAGUUUCCUUUGUGACUCCAUUAGUUCUGGUACUAUUAGGAAAGACAUUAAAUCAUUGUCAAAGGAUCAAGUUGAGAUGAUUCGCUCAUCACCCAGUAUGAUGAGUUAUGUUGAAUCAGUUGAUUUUGAAGAGAGAAAGGCACUGCUUCAAGAUGAUUCUCAUUUAAAAGCAAAGGCAGAAGAAUUUUUAAAAGAUAUCCAAUUAUUCUACCAAUCUCUGGAACCAGCAGUAAAGACUCUUUACAUAUUAGUUUAUGGAAAAACAUCAAAGGAUAAAUUGGCUAAACUUAAAAUGUUAUUGAGUUACAUUACUGAUAGUCAAGGGAAGGAUUUCUAUGUUCAAGCAGUGAAGCUACUGGAUGAGACUGUACUGCAAAGGAACCUCCAUGAGUCUAUCACUUAUAUUACUGCAGCCUGUUCAAACUUGAGUGAUAUUUUAAAAGCAUUACAAGAUUGUCUGUCUGGCUCUAAAGAAGGAACACUCUCCACUGAGCACAUCUCCACUGUCAUUGACUUAUUAAUGACACACAUCCAUUCUCCCCAGAGGCUCACCCUCCAUGAUGUCGUGUGCUAUGAUAGCAAUAAGAUGACUCCUUACCACAUCCUUUAGACUUUAUAUUAAUUUUUAUACUUUUAAUGCUUCAGUCAUGAACAAUGAUAAAAUGACUAAUUUUGAACCGUAGACUACAGAUACUGUUUAUCAAUGAGAUGUUGCUCCAAUUACUGACA